AUGGCAGACUCGCAGGUGACUGCUGCAGAGCAGCAGCCGGCCGCCCGUCCUACCCUGCCGCCCACGUUCAGCAACUCGUUCUGGUCCGCCGACUACCGCACCGGCUUCACUAGCCUGUACGACGCCCUCGACGCCUCCCUCAUCCAGUCGGACGAGCUCCUCGCCCAGGUCCGCCGCCGCAAGGACGCCGAGGAGUCGUUUGCCGACAGCCUGUUCCCGCCCGCGCUCAGGAGAGACGGCUUUGCGGCCGACGACGGCGGCUCGCUCCGCAUCGGCUUCGAGGCGCUCCUCACGCAGAGCGUCAACGAAGGGCGGGCUCGUCAAGCCCUCGCCGACGACCUCCAGCGCUCCAUCCUCACGCCCUUCAGCACCUGGUCGACCUCUCACGCAGGCCGCGUGCGCUCGUCGCGCGCCCAGGUCGACACGGCCCUCACCGCCUGGGAGCGCAAGCGCGCCGCCGUCGAGCAGGCCAAGGCGACCUACGACGACGCGUGCCGCGUCUCGGCCCAGCUCGAAGACGAGUUGAGCUUCUCGCGCGCCCAAGGCGAGCUCGGCAGCCAGAGGGCAAAGCUGCCGCCUCGCCCCGACGAGGUCGACGACACGGGCGCCCCGGCGUCGGCCGCCGCCGCCGCCGCCGCCGCGACGCAGGGCGCGACCGGCGUCAUCUCGGCGCUCGGGAGGGCCUUCUCGACGCGCCGUCCGGUCGCGGCGCCGCGCGGGCACGGUCGCCGCCGAGUGCCCAAGGGCGACGAGUCGGAGAGCGGUGACGACGACGACGACAAGCUGCGCGAGGAGGACGAGGACAAGGUCGGCGCCGGGCAGGGCGUCUUCGACGACGACGACGAGAACGAGGGCUCGGCGGCGCUCAAGGAGGCACGCGACAAGGCGCGCAAGGUGUGGGAGGAGCGUGCGCCCGAGGUCAAGCGCCGCCUCAACAACCUCCUGUCUACCGUCGUCGGCCCGCAGAACCUCGAGGAGCGCCUCGACAAGGCCCUGCGCGAGGUGGCCGCCGCCGAGGACAAGUACAAGGUCGGCGUCGCCGAGCUCGACGCGCUGCGCCUCUCGCUCGAGGAGACGCUCGCGGCCAACUUCAGCUACGUCCAGCGCCUCGAGUCGGACCGCCUGCGGGCCGCCGCGUCGGUCCUCAAGCAAUUCCACGCGUCGAUCGCGGCGCUCCCCAAGCUCAUCGACGGCAGCCUCGAGCGCGUCGGCCAGACGCUCGAGCUCGCCCGGCCCGAGAACGACCUCAAGGGCCUCAUCGAGCGCAGGCGCACCGGCCCUUUCCAGCCGUCGCCCGUCCUGUACACGUCGCACUACUCGGAGCCCGCCCUCGCGACGUUCGGCAUCGACCUGCGCAAGUUUGACGAGACCAACUCGGAGCGUGAGACGAGGCCUGUACCGCCUGUGCUCGAGAUCCUGCUGCGCGAGAUCGAGAAGAAGGGCGAGGGCGCCGAGGACGCUGAACGGCGCAAGGCGUGGCUGUACGAGGUGCCGCUCGGUGCUCAGCACGCGCUCCGCUCGAUCCUCAACAAACCGUCAAUGCUCGCCCUCGACGACUCGGACCUCGCCGCUCUCCUCGCGCCGUUCGACCUCCCCGUCCUGUGCGCGACCGUCAAGCUGUGGCUGCUCGAGCUCGAGAUCCCGGUCGUCACCUACUCGGCGUACGACGAGCUGCGUGCCCUGUACCCGCGUCGGACGGCCGGCGAGGGCGAGGUCGAGGCGGGCAAGGUCGCCGACGUGGUCGGCAAGUUGCCCAAGGUGCACUUCGAGGUCCUCCAUGCCCUCGUCGACCACCUCACGCGCCUCAUCUCGACCACCUCGACGCCCGAGCCCCUCCCAACCUACAUCCACAAACUCUCCUUGUCGCUCUCGCGUCCCCUCCUCCGCCCCAGCGUCGAGACGGCCCUCACCCUCGACGACCGCUUCCCCGCCGUCUUCCUCUCGACGCUCCUCUCGUCCUCGUCCGACCUCUUCGCCGCCGCCGCCGACAUCGCCAAGAAGCACCGCGACGAGCGCUACCGCCCGCGCAGGCAGCGCACCAAGCCGAUCGACCAACGCGUGCGCCGCAGCGCGCUCGGCCUCGGCGCGCAGGAGAGCGUCGACCUCGGCCGGGCCGAGGAGGUCCUCAAGCUGCAGCAGCGGCACAAGGAGGGCGCCGUCGACGCCGCCGCAGCCGGGCUCAGUGUCCAGACCCAGGCGAGCGUGCUCGGCGUGCCGGCGGCGCACCCAGAGCACGAGGGCGCGUUCGCGGCGAGCCCGAUGGCGGCCACGGACGACGAGCUGCUGCCGCCCGCCGUCGUCUCGGCCUCGGACGCCGAUCAGGCCGCCGCAGAAGACGAGCGCGCGGCCAAGCAGGCGUCCGAGGCGCACGAGGCGCACCUCGGCUCGUCGUCGUCGACCCUCGCCGCCGGCGGCGGCGACAGCACCGGCCCGACCGAGGAGGCUUUCGUCCCUCCCUCGGACGGCCCGACCGAGGAGGCCUUCACGCCUCCCUCCUCGUCGGCUCCGGCUGUCGACGCGGCUCCUGCCUCGGCCGCGACCGCCGGCGACUCGCAGGACGAGCCGGCCGUCCCGGCGCUCGGCUCUGCGCCGGCCGCGUCCGUGUCGGGCUCGACCGCCGCGGCCGCCGACGAGCCUCUUUCGAGCUCGUCGUCGCUCAAGCGUGCGUCGGGCACGGGCCGGCUGAGGGGCGCGAGGGCGCCCAGGCCGCCGAGCCAGGUGUCGGCGAGGAUUGCCGCGUUCGAGGGCGACGGCAAAUAGAGGGGCUUGGCUCGGGUCGUCAGGCGGACCUCACGGCAGUGGGCGAUGGCGAGGAGGAGGUGAGGGUGGCAGGGACGGUGCGGGCCGCCGUCUUGUUCGUCGAGGAGCCGCGGCGUCGCGGGCGGCACUCGUCCUCCCUGCUCGCGGCCACUCUCUUUCUUCCGUGUAGUACUUGCAGUGUCAUGCCUUUGUU